CUGUGUCAUGCUGGCACAAGCUGAAGGCAUCUCAGAGAGACAAGGUUCGCCAGUUCAUGGCGUGUACCCAGGCCGGCGAAAGGACUGCCAUCCGCUGCCUGACGCAGAGCGAGUGGAGGCUGGACGAGGCCACGGACGACUUCUUCCAGAAGCCAGCCCCAGCCCCCAGGGAGCCCACGCCGGGCACCAUGGACAGGAAGAGGCUGGAGCACCUCUACAGCAGGUACAGAGACCCACAAGAUGAAAACAAAAUUGGAAUUGAUGGCAUUCAACGGUUUUGUGAUGACUUAAGCCUAGAUCCUGCCAGUAUGAGUGUUCUGGUCAUAGCCUGGAAGUUCAGGGCGGCAACUCAAUGUGAAUUUAGCAGAAAGGAAUUUGUGGAUGGCAUGACAGAGCUUGGGUGUGACAGCACGGAAAAGCUGAAGGCUCUUCUGCCACGGCUGGAACAGGAGCUUAAGGACACGGCCAAGUUCAAGGACUUUUAUCAGUUUACCUUUUCCUUUGCUAAGAACCCUGGGCAGAAAGGCUUAGACUUAGACAUGGCUGUGGCGUAUUGGAAGCUGGUGUUAUCUGGAAGGUUUAAGUUCCUGGACCUUUGGAACACGUUCUUGCUGGAACAUCACAAAAGGUCGAUCCCCAGAGACACGUGGAACCUCCUGCUGGAUUUUGGAAACAUGAUUGCAGAUGACAUGUCCAACUACGACGAGGAAGGAGCGUGGCCAGUCCUGAUCGACGAUUUUGUGGAAUACGCACGGCCCGUCGUCACGGGUGGGAAGCGCAGGCCUUUCUAGACAGAGCCGUGCGGACCAGGCUGUGGGUGUUGCGUCUGCAAGGGCUCACCUCGCUGGCUGGGAGUUGCCUGGCCUGUCGUGAAGUCAGGGUGACCGUCUCACUCUGCAGAGGACGGCGGUACAGGCGUGUGGACCCCGCAGGCCAGUCCUCGAGAAAUAGCCGCUUUGGAGUUUGGAGAUGUGUCCGCAUAGCCGUUGCUUUAAGAGAAUUCUGCAUGACUCUGUUUACAAAAUGUGCCAUAGAGCCGCUGGCACCGGCGGGGUGCAGGCCCUGCUCACCUGACGAGGUGCGAGCCCGCUGUCAGCCACUCGCCUGCAGAAGUGGGACAGCAGAGAGCAGUGAUGGCAUCCUCUGUGAGACCUAUGUUCUUGCAAGGUCAAGGUCGGAGUGAGGAGGGUCCUGCCCUGAGGAUGGUGUCUCUAAGCCUGGUGCCAGGACUCCAGGAUUUCUGUUUUUGAAUGACCGUUCGCCACGUUUGCCAGACUGUUGUUCUGUUUCUCUAGAUGGUCCCCUGAAAUCAUUUUCCAGCUUUGGACCCCAUGACGGCUCACGUGGGACAGCCAUGCGGCAUGGUCCCAGCAGAGUUUGCGCUAAGCUGCUUACAAGUCCGUGGCCCUAGUUCACUUCCAAUAAUGUCCUCGAACUUCCCAGGAAGUUUCAUAAAGUAUGUAUUUAAAAGUA